UUAACCGUUUACUAGAAGAGGCAUACGUUUUCAGCUGCAUCCAGAUAAGUCUCGUAUUAAAUGUAUACAGCAGUAGAAAAUAUGUAGCAAUGCAGAAAAUAAACAAACGUUAAUUAAAUUAUCAAGAAGACAUAUUUUCGUACCGAGGAGAAUCUGUAGUAUUGCAUCGGAAUUUAUUCGAUCGGUAUGUGGGUGUACAAGUAAUACUAACGCGUACAGAAAACUGAAAAUUGUUAAAAUAUAAAAAAAUUGUAAAACAACCGAAUUUAAAAAGAACUAACCGAAUAUGAAGCCGUCCAAACAUCGAUUGUCCAGUUUGGCAGAAGAUAUCACCAUACCGGAGGAUGCACCGUUUCGAGCCCGCCUGCACUCACUAUUUGGUCAGAUAGAAAAAGAAUUUGAACUGUUAUAUUUGGAAAAUUUAAGUUUGCAAGAGAAACUUGAUCACUGCAUGAGCAAAGAUCUGAUUAGCUCAUAUGAACGCUCAGCUGGAGUAAUUGCUGCAGGUGGUAGUGGUACAAACAUUAUUGCAGGAAAUACAUCGAAUACGGCCCUAACUAGUACGAUCCAAACAAAUGUUACAUCCGCAUUUGGACAUGAUGAUGGAGAUUCUACCGCACUUGCUUCAAUUAUUGGUGGUGGCGGAAGUAAGGGUCUGAAAGCAAAAUUUACAUCAAGCAGUAACAAAGUGAAAGCCAGCAAUAAAAUUAAAGCGCAAACGAGUCGAAUUGUAUCAAGUUUCAAAGCACAAACAGUGGUUAGCCAAGUAACGCGAGAAUUCUGCGGGCAUAAGGAUGGUGUUUGGCAAGUAACUGCCAAGGUUGGUCAGCCAAUUAUAGGCUCAGCCUCGGCAGACCAUACCGCGUGCAUUUGGGGUAUCGAAAAUGGUCGAUGCCUUCUACAAUAUCAAGGACAUGCUGGCUCUGUGAAUUCAGUAAAGUUUCAUCAGAAUCGCGACUUAGUAUUAACAGGUAGUGGCGAUGGCACAGCACACAUUUGGCAAGCAGCUGUUAACUGGGAAUCUUCCAAGAGAGGUCAUUCCUCAGAGGAAGAGCUCGACGACAGUGAUGAACAAGUGGAAGAUCGAGAUCGGGUCGACACGUUGCGCACACCUUUGUGCGAGUUUACCGGUCUGGGCGGACAUUCAUCCGUGGUAGUGGCUGCUGAUUGGUUGCCCAGCAUGGAUCAUAGACAAAUAAUAACAGGUAGCUGGGACCGCACAGCAAUUUUGUGGGACGUAGAAUCUCGCGAGCCCGUUCAAACUCUGACUGGACACGACCAUGAAUUAACACACGUUUCGGCACAUGCUUCGCAACGAUUAGUGGUUACAGCAUCACGCGACUCAACUUUUCGUCUUUGGGACUUUCGCUAUGAAAUUCCCGCUGUAUCGGUAUUUCAGGGACACACAGAAAGCGUAACGUCAACUGUAUUUGCGCGGGAUGAUAAAGUAGUGUCUGGAUCGGAUGAUCGCACAGUCAAAGUUUGGGAAUUACGAAACAUGCGCUCUGCUCUGGCGACUAUACGUACGGAUUCCUCUGUAAACCGUUUAGCUGUCUCAAGCGCCGGAAUUAUUGCAAUACCACAUGACAACAGGCAAAUACGUUUGUUCGAUUUGAAUGGACAACGUGUGGCGCGAUUACCACGAACGAGUCGACAGGGUCACCGUCGUAUGGUAUCUUCCGUAGCUUGGGCUGAAGAUCCGUUAUUCAAUUGUGAUUUAUUUUCAUGUGGCUUUGAUAGGCGCGUAUUCGGCUGGUCCAUAAUUUUACCGAAAGAAAAUUGAAAGUCACUAAAGGUUUAAACCAUUGUUUGUUACGAAUUUCCAAUACAUUAUGAAAUUGUACAUUAAUUACGGUUAUUGUGUGGAAAAAAAGAAUUUAUUUAUUUAAUCUGUGUUUAGAUGAAUACCCGUAGUUGUAAUUACUGUGUACCAGUAUAAGUACCAGCAAGAUUUAUUCUAAUUGCUCUAAUUAGCAACAGCAUUGAUCUUUGAGAAAAUAUAGAAUGUAUACACUUACUUGAUUAUUAAUUUUUAAAAUUAAUCUCUAUCUCCGUUAAUAUUUUAAUAGCCGAAAGUAAUUUUUUGACAUUACUUUAAUUUUUAAAGUUACACUAAAUUUCGGUAAAAAUUAUAGCAUCUAUGUAUUUAAAUGAAUGCAAAAAUUUGGAAAAUAUCUGUUGGUUCCCCAUGUAUACGACCUUUUAUACAUAUUAAACAUCUUAUCAAUAUUGUAUAUUUCUGAACUUUUCCUGAAAUCUUUUUACCUAUAUUGAUAUGUAUACUAAAAAUAA